CAUCGGACAACGCGCUCGAGGUAUUUGAAUAAAUGUCGGGGCGUAGAAGGAAGGACAAGAAAAAAAUGCUGCAACGGAGGCCUCGUUACGUUCUCGGCAAGGAGCAGAGGUAUCAUCAGAAAAUGGACAGAGAGUCCGAGGGAUCAGACAAGGAAGAUGAUGACGAAGCAGAGAUGGUGGACGAGUGGCCGUUACCGUUUCCCGUGGCCAUGUGGUCUCUGGAACGUUGCAACCUCAAGAGUACAGGCAGGCAGCUGUUGAGGCAGGGUUUGACGAAGCUGCUGCGGCUGAAUAUGCGAUUUCCAGGCCUGUGCCUCAUUCCAAUGGGCAAAAAGAAUGUACAGCACGUGACCUCACUGGAUCGCAAGAUUGUGGAGAAGUAUGGCUGUGCCGUUGUGGACUGCAGUUGGUCGUUUUCAAACGACGCUCUCUUCAGCAAAUUGAAGACCGCCCAUCCUCGUAUACUGCCUUAUCUGUUCACUGCUGAUCCGAGGAACUUUGGAAAAAGAUGCCAGUUGAGUUGCGUAGAGGCAAUUGCAGCUACUUUAAUUAUAACGGGAUUUCCAGAUGAGGCUAAUUUGUAUCUUGAUAAGUUUCGCUGGGGACACUCGUUCUUAGAAUUGAAUGGUGAAUUGUUGGAGAAGUACGCUCGUUGCACAAGUACUGAAGAAGUGAUAGCGGUACAAGACAAGUUUAUAAAGGACACAUACCAAGAGAAGUUAGACAGAAAACAAGCGCUUCCUGACUUUCCACAAAGUGACACAGAAACAGAAGAAGAAAAAGAAAAGGAAGAUAAAGAUAACAGCAAAGUGUCCGAGAUAACUAAAGAACUAGCCAAUGCAAAAGUAUAAAGUAUAAAUAUCUAAUUGGUUGUAAUUAUAUUACACGAUCAAGUAAUCAAGCAAUUUUACAUAUUGUGAAUAUUUUGUACAUUUUGUUGAAAUAUUGAUUAUGUUACGUUAUAGAUUCAUAAUAUAAUUAACAUAUAAUUACGAAUCUAUAAUAUAUACAUAUAUAUUAAAAUUGUAAAAAAUAUAAAUAAUUUAUAUAUAAUAUUUAUAUAAUAUAUAUAUAUGUACAUUCUAUAGUAUAUGAUUAUAAAAAGCAAUAGAAAAGAAUCUU